CGCUACUAAGCCUUAUCAAACACAACAGCGCCCCACAAUGGCGUCGCUUAAUCUAUGUGUUUACACUAAUGGUGUGUUCACACUAAUGAUGUGUUCACGGUUAUGAUGUGUUCACAGCUAUGAUGUGUUCUCGAUGAGAAGAGAACACCGAUUCCUAUGCUUGGAUAAGCUUAUACCUUCUCAUGAUCAAUACAUUGCUGACUACCACUUGACUGCUUGUCCAUCGUAAAAUAUCUGUUGCCAUCAAAAGAUGCUGUUAUUGACUUGAAAUUCUUUCAUCGUGACCUUCCCUCUUUCCUCAGUUGUUUCCCUUGUAGUAGCCGUCAUAAUGUCGCCUAACGAGAAUGAUGGAGACCUAGUGAAUGAAGCGACUCCAGCUAGGACUGAAGCCCUUUCUGAAGACCUCUAUAGAAGGCUGAUUGAAGUUGAUUCCCAAGGAAAGAUCGAAAGGUUCUCGUUUAAAAGCACUAAGGGGCUUCUCACCCAACUGAAGUACUCAUUUGGUUUAGAGAAAGUGCGAUCGAUCGAGCUGAGAGAUGCCACUACCGGUGCUGUGGUUCCUCUGUGCGACCUCGAGGAGCAGGGAAGAUACCACCUCAAGGUCCUUGGAUAUACUCUGGCGUUCCAUGAGGGGUUCUCGACUCAGUGUCCGGUGCAUAGGCUCAUUACUCUACCAGAGAUCUGUCGGCGUAUAAUAGACACGCCUUACUUUCAGCGCUUGAGGAAUGAAUCACAGCUGGGUUCCGCUGGAUAUGUCUUCAUGGGGGCUACUCACACUAGGUUCGAGCAUUCCAUUGGAGCUGCCUAUUUAGCGAAGAAGCUGGUCGAUCAGCUGAGCUGUAACCAACCUGAAUACGGCAUCGAUGAGGAGGAUAAGCUCUGCGUGAUCAUCGCAGGGCUUUGUCACGACCUCGGCCAUGGCCCCUACUCUCACGUUUGGGAUUCUCACGUGAACCCGGCCUUGGGCAUACACAAGGGCCACGAGGCUAUGAGUGUGAGAAUGAUGUAA